CUUACCACAAAGCUAUAGACAAAAGAAAUACAAAAUAUACCAAAAUACAAAAAAUGGAAGGGCUUCUACGCUUUCUUGUAGCCAAAGUCAUCGUAUUGGCUUUAGCAUCUUCAUUUGUAUCUUGUUACGACCCAAGUCCUCUUCAAGACUUUUGUGUUGCCGUUGAUGACGCUAAUGGCGUUUUCGUGAACGGAAAAUUCUGCAAAGACCCAAAAUACGUGAGGGCCGAGGAUUUCUUUACUUCGGGUCUAAACAUCGCCGGAAACACCAUGAACCGCGUCGGCUCCAACGUAACCAACGUCAACGUCGACAGAAUCCCCGGACUUAACACCCUCGGAGUCUCUCUUGUCCGUAUUGACUUUGCCCCGGGGGGUCAAAACCCGCCACACACGCACCCACGAGCCACGGAGAUCCUCGUCCUUGUUGAAGGAACGCUCUUGGUAGGUUUUGUAACAUCGAACCAAGACAACAACAGAUUGUUCUCAAAGGUUCUUUAUCCUGGGGACGUGUUUGUGUUUCCCAUAGGAAUGAUCCAUUUUCAAGUGAACGUUGGGAGGACGAACGCGGUUGCGUUUGCUGGUCUUGGAAGCCAAAACCCCGGUACGAUCACAAUCGCAGACGCGGUUUUUGGUUCAACGCCUUUGAUUAUGCCGGAGAUUUUGGCUAAAGCAUUUCAGCUGGAUGUGAACGUGGUUAGGUUUCUCGAAGGAAGGUUUUCUUCUAAAUAUGAUCGUCAUUAUUAAUAAGAUUAAAGGAGUGAAUUAACAAAAGAAAGAUAAAAGGAAUGACGUGAAAAUGUAAAAUCUGAAUAAAUGGUGUGAUGUGGUAUGUAAUAUAUAGCGUGUGAAAAUUGAAAUAAAACAAUUAA